CGCGGUCGCACUGUCGAACGGAGCUUUUUAGUCUCGGCACGAAAGCUACCGUGUCGGCAACUCGACAACUCAACACAACUUCCGAAGAGCGCGAAAGUUUAUAUUCAGCCGUACGGCCCCGUUUUUAGGGAUAUGGAAGCUACCGGACCAGCCGACGGCUGAGUCCGCCACGAUGGGUUCUGGUACACCGCUUUCUUCCGUAACGGUCUUUCUUUUCGAGUGUGCCCUUCUCGUUUUCGCGCAAUUCUUUGUUGGAGCGUCGGGUUACGAACCCGAUUUCUUAUACCCGUUGGAGAACAUCACUGUGGCUCAAGGUCGUGACGCGACUUUCACGUGCGUUGUGAACAAUUUGGGGGGAUACAGGGUGAGUGGGGAUCCAGCGACAGCGCGGGUGGCUUGGAUAAAAGCGGACACGAAAGCCAUCUUGGCGAUACACGAGCAUGUCAUCACGAAUAAUGCCCGGCUCACCGUCACCCAUAACGAUUUCAACACGUGGACGUUGAACAUUAGAAGUGUUCGACGCGAAGAUAGAGGACAAUAUAUGUGCCAAGUUAAUACAGAUCCCAUGAAGAUGCAGACCGCAUAUUUGGAAGUUGUUAUUCCUCCUGAUAUCAUUAACGAGGAAACAUCUGGUGAUUUAAUGGUACCAGAAGGUGGUUCUGCAAAACUGGUAUGUAAAGCUAGAGGAUAUCCAAAACCGCGUAUUAUCUGGAAGAGGGAAGAUGGUGGUCCUAUUGUGUCGCGUGGACCCGCAUCUACCUCCAAGACCAAACCGGAUAGAGUGACUAUGAUUGAUGGGGAAGUGUUGACGUUGACCAAGAUUACCAGAUCGGAGAUGGGGACGUAUCUUUGCAUUGCAGCGAAUGGUGUUCCGCCGACUGUUAGCAAGAGAAUGAAUCUCCACGUGCACUUUCAUCCCUUGAUACAAGUACCUAACCAAUUGGUUGGGGCUCCAAUCAACACCGACGUCACCCUUCAGUGUCAUGUGGAAGCUUCUCCUAAGGCUAUUAACUAUUGGACGAAAGAAAGCGGUGAUAUGAUUAUCAGUAACGACAAGUACAUUAUGAACGAGAUGCAGAGUUCGCAAUACAGCGUACAGAUGCGUUUGGUGGUGACCAGGAUCGAAAAAUCGGAUUUGGGUGGUUACAAGUGCAUUUCGAAGAAUUCGAUAGGAGACGCCGAAGGGAACAUUCGGUUAUACGAAAUGGAGAUGCAAGCAAAGUUGGAUUCAUCCGAAGAAUCCGACUCGGCAAUUCCACAACAUGCCGCAAUGGACAUCGAUGGCGUACCAGAACUCCACAACAACGGCUACCAACGGUCGUUAACGGAAUCUGAUGAAGAUAUCCCCAUCGCGGUGACGUCGUCGUCCCCGUCAUCUAGCGGAAAUAGAGUCGGCGAUCCAACGCCGCUUGUCAUCCUGCUACUGGCAAUAGUGUUUUAAAGCUAAAAACUAAAACGUGUACAAACAUGCUGUGCUGGUGUGGUAUGUGCCAAAAAAAUGUAAGAAGAUAAUCUGUUCGUGCUUCGCUCCAUGCUCCAAGCAACAAUAUCCAUAAUAUAGCCAGUGUUUAUGAAAAAAAAUAGCAUGAUUGGUGUCCUAGUUGAGCCCUUAGCAAAAAAAAAAGAAUAAUGAAACAAAAAUCCCAGUAUAAUCUUAUCUGUAAUAUAUGUUACUUGCGUUCAUUUCUCACGGUUAGAUUCAAAAAAGGAGUAUUUAUUUAACUUGUUAUCGGGGGUCAUUAACGAAAAAUAAAGGUAUACUGUUUUA